GUUGAUUCCGUGGGUGGGUGUGCAGGGAGCAUGGCGCAAGGAAAUACUACUCCUGAGCUGCUGCCGCAGAUAAUAGUUCUUGGUCCACCAAUGGUGUUCAAAGAAUACGGCCACAAAUUCGCCGACAAGUUCAGGCUUCUGAAGCCCUGGGAGUCGCCGCUACCGCUGGAAGAGUUCCUCUCAGCCCACGCACAGACGGUCGAGGCUAUGUUCUGCUCCGCCUCUGUACCUCUCUCCGCCUCCCUCCUCACACACCUGCCUUCCCUCCGCUUCGUCGUCACCUCCAGCGCCGGCCUCGACCACAUCGACCUCCGAGAGUGCCGCCGCUUAGGCAUCGCCGUCGCCAACGCUGCCGACAUUUUCUCCGCUGACGUCGGGGACCUCGCCGUCGGCUUGCUCAUCGACGUCCUCAGGAGAAUCUCCGCCUCUCACCGUUUCGUUAAAACUAGGGCUUGGCCUAUCAAACCUCAUUAUCCUCUCGCUUCCAAGGUGGGAGGCAAGCGGGUUGGGAUUGUAGGACUGGGAAGCAUAGGGCAGCAAGUCGCAAAGAGGCUUGAGGCUUUUGGCUGCCCAAUCUCAUACUACUCGAGGAAGGAGAAGCCAUGGACCUCCUACUGCUUCUAUGCUGAUGUUCAUGAACUAGCAACUGCGUCUGAUAUCUUGGUGAUUUGCUGUGCAUUGACACAAGAAACCCAUCACCUCAUCAACAAACAGGUUCUCCUGGCUUUGGGAAAGGAAGGAGUGAUUGUUAACAUUGCGCGGGGAGGGAUAAUCGAUGAGAAGGAAUUGGUACAGUGUUUGUUGCAGGGAGAGAUUGCAGGUGCUGGAUUGGAUGUUUUUGAACAUGAACCUCAUGUUCCUGAAGAGCUUCUUGGAUUGGAUUGUGUUGUCCUGUCUUCACACUCUGCUGUUCUCACACAUGAAUCCUUUAAACAAGUAUAUGAGCUUACUGUAGGGAAUCUUGAGGCUUUCUUCUCCAAUCAACCCCUGCUUUCUCCUGUUUUACAUGAAUAAAUGUUUGUCAUAGCCUUUAUCAAUUCAUUUCUUCUGUUAUGUAUUGCCAGCAGGCAGCUUACUGCAACCAUGUUUCAAAUAAUGAAAACUUCACAGAAGCAUCAA